AUGACCGUUCCGGACUGGGCGAGCACUGUGCAGGAGCUGAUCGACCAGCCUGAUGUGAGCAUAAAUCAAAAAUGCCAGAAGAUCAUGCUGCUGCUUCGUGAGCGACACCUGCUCUACGACUCUUUUGCGACCCCCAUGGACUUGAUCGUUCAUCCGAAAAAUCGUGGAGGUGCCCUCGUAAAUCCACACGAUGUCGUGUCCAAGGGCGUUCAAAUCUCUUCCGUUGGCUGGGAUCGCAUGAAGUUGCGAGAAGCUGUAGCCAUCGAACUUCCGAGGGACGAAGGACUUCGCAAGCACUUUCUCGAGAUCAACACCCGCCUUGCCGAAAUGUCCGAAGGCCGCUUGGCGAAGCCAACUGGUAAGGAGAGGUGGGCAACUCUUAGCUGUUCGCACACCACUGCCUUCGUCAAAGCGAUGGCCAGCGGAUGCGGUCCCAAAUGUGGUUUGUCACUGGACGAGUGCAUGCAGAGUGGGGACGACUUUGCGAAGCUUCUCAAAGAAGGGUGGAGCUGGCGAGUCCUGGCGGCGGAGGUCGAGGAAAGGGUGCCAGCCUUGCCGGGGCUACUGCAGCAGGGCUUGAACUCGGACCUCGCGAUCGGCAAACCGCCUAGCGAACUGGAGGUCGCGAUGUGCAUCUCGCAGCUGUAUGCUGCCCAACCGGACGGAGCCAAGGACCUCGGGAAAGCGGUAGCAGCAGCAGGCAGCUCGAACCCUCCGUGCAAACCGUAUAUUUCGGCCAUUGCGGAUUUCGUUCAGCAGUUCGCAGGGGGUGAAUCCUUCAAAGUUCUGAAAUAUAUGGAUGCCAUGGCCCGGUCUUAUGCCGGGAGCACGAUGCUGGGCGCCGACUUCACGAAAUAUCACUGCACCAAUGCAGUCAUCGACGGGUUCAGCCGCCUUCUGACGAAGGCGGACUUCGAUCGUUUGAAGUCCAAGAAAAGCGAAGCGGAUUUGGUGAAAGCAGAAGCGCUGAUGCAACAAGCAUGGGCAGUGGUCGAAGCCGAAGCUUCCGACAAGGCACAUCUUCAGAUGGCUUUCUGCCGCUAUCAAAUACGCAUCAUCCUCUACAUGCUCGGCAAGCAGACGAAGGGCAGGGAGGCCAAGGAGUACGACUCCCUGGCCACGUUGUCGAGCAUGUUCAGCCAGGAGACCUUGCAGGUUCAGCCCGGGCAGGCUUCCCAGGCUGCAGCUUCUUCAGGGGAGCAGGUCCGAGACCUAGAGGCCUCGAAUGAUCAGACUUUGAUCGCAAAGCAGCAGAACAAGCAUGUGAAGGUUGGCCAGGCUUACUUGAUCAAAAGGACGGAGCCCGUGGAGGCUGACAAAGACAAAGUCUUUGUUUUGAAGGACUUGCAGCAGGAUGGUGCUACCUUGGAGCAUCGGCCUUUCUUUGGCGAGCAGGUGCAGGUCGAGAAGGUGGCUUUGCAGGACCUCAAGCAACUCAAGGAAUGGACUAAAGCUGUGCCUGCUUUGGUCGAGGAGGAAGCUCUUCAGAAGCUCUGGCCCGGUGAUUCCGAGAUCUUCCAGGACGAGCUGGCACGAGCAGAAGACCAAGGGCUUCUCUACAAGAAAUACUUGGAGUUUCCUGACAGCAGACAGUUGGGCGAUCCAGACGUCCGGCCAAGCAACAACGGCUUGCUGUUCUGCAACUGCUCCUAUGCCAAGUUUGACCUGCAACUCUAUCCUUUGGGGCAGCUGCAAAAGGUGCAGAAGCCUCGCCCCCAGGAUGUUGUCAUCCAGAAAAAAGGAAUGAAGCAUGACUGCUACGUUGUUUCGCCCGUUCGCUGGGACAUCCAGAAAUCAUCCGGUUACUUUUGCCCGUACUGGAUGAUCAAGGAAGCAACGGAGAGCCAAACGGCUACCCUCACCAGAACCACGAAGAAGAUCGGCGACAUGGUGGUGCCUGUUUACCAGAACAAGGUUGCAUUGAAGAUGGGCGACCAGCUGCUCCUGGAGCCGAAGACGGAGGUUUGGCUCGGCAGCAUGCAGGUCACUCGGCAAGUCAUUCUGCAGUACAAGGGCGGCCCCAAGGUCCCUGUUUCCGAGGGCCUGGUGCAUGCGGCGGACAAUGGCCAGCAAUAUCUUCGGUUCAGGCCGAGCAGCACGAGUCUGACGAGAGCCGUGCUGGGGCACAUGGAGAAGUUCAAAUCCCUGAAAAACCCAAGCUUGAGCUGCAGCCCACAAGUGUCGCAGAUCCGGGAAACGGUGAAGGCCAAGAUCCUGGAGAUGGGAAGCAAGGAGCAGAAUCCGGAUGGCAGUGAGAGGGACAAUUUGUUCGAUGCUCCUGUUGUCAAUGAAGAGGAGGAUUCGGCCAAUGAAGUCACCGCCCGAAAGCUUCGCGAAGCUUUGGAGAGAGCACCAGAUGUUAUGAAGAUAGAUCUCGGUGGCAAGCAGGUGGAGGUCUUGAAGCCCAGGAAUUGGCGAGAAACAGACAUCUUGGUCAAGCUCGAAGAGUCCGACCUUGAGCAUGUCUUCGAUUUCCUCAUGGUCGAUGUGGACUCGGUGUACGAGAAGCCAAAGCGACCUUACGUCCGAUCUGGCAGGUUUGCGGGCAAAAGGAAAGCCGAUGAGGACGACAAGCAGAGCGAUUCCGGCUGA